AUGGAUCCAGAAGCCCGUCGACCCGACUCGAAGGUAGAGGCCUUCGCUGCCGUGUCACAGACCUCGGCUGGGGAGAUUCCUGCUUGUGUAUCGAAGGUGGAGGCCUUCGCUGCCGUGCCACAGACCUCGGUGCUUCCAGGGCUUCCUUGGGAGGCACAAGACCAGUACUGGAUCGUCUCUGUGUCUGAGAUCGGUGCGAUUUCGUCUGCUGGUGGCCUCGAUGCUUUCCGUCUCCUGACACCGAGCGAGCAGAGGGCUGCGGUGCCCAAGGACUGCCUUGCCGCUCUGUGGUCGACCGAGUUCCAAGACGUGGUGGCUUGGAUAUGGAGACAGCGCUGGACAUCUCUGCAGGAAUUCCUUCGUGUCUGGAUGGCGCAGGAGCGUGACGCCUUGGUUUGGUCGCUGCUAAGGCAGGCGGCAGUCUGGGCUGAGAAGUACAACAAGCUGAUGGACCCGGAGAUUCGGACGAUUUUGGGGGAUUCGUGGAAUGCCUCCGACAAGUACUGUGUGCCCACAGAGGUGAAGCAUCAGCUGCUUGAUGGGAUCUGUUCGCGCGACGAAUCAUUUGCUCCUAUGAAAGCCUUGUUCCAGAGCUGCCAGCUUACAGAGCUUUGCAUGGGGACGCCUCUUCACAAGGCGUUGGACGCCUUGGAGGCUUUCCGUACCAAGCCUCCCGCCGAAGGUCUUCUGGCCUUCGUCCUGGUGAGCAGGGAUAAAGCCUCGACUGUUCUGGCCAGCUCAGACACGACAGUUCCUUGCCUGCACUACGACUCCCAUGUCUGCACUCUAUGGGACCUGGACAAGUCAGCAAGCUUCCUGUUCACCUCCCCUGCCAUGCUUUUGCAACAUCUGACAAACACGAAUGGCGAUCUCUACAAGCCGGAUGGCCUGACACAUCUGUGGGCCUUCAGCCUGGCCUCGCAAAAGACCCAGGCCGCUCCGUACUUGGACGACAUCCUUCGCUUCACGUCUGCUUCUGAUCAGUUGGCCCCUGGCACUGCAGCAGGGAUCAAGCUGGAGGCUGCCCCGUCCUUGGUGGUAGGACAGAAGAUUUUCCGGGCGAGGAUGGGCAGUGGUGUCAUCAAAGUAGAGGCCGAGCCGGACGAUGCCAGCAGGACUGGCCCAGCGAGCAGCUCGCAUCCUGCACUGCCGAACCUGCCGAGUGAAGCCAUCAGGGAGCCCUCGCUAAAACGAGAACAUCCGGAGCCUGCUGCUCCACCUGUGCUUGUGUAUGAUGACGACGAUGAUGGGGAUGCCAAGCCUGGCAAGCCAGCUUCGAAGCUUAGCAGAAAGCAGCGCCGGGAUCUUCAGGCGGUGGAGGCGGCGGGCAAAAAAACAGCAGCCAGCCGGGGAAUAACGUACCAUGAGCGCUUUGCUCCGGCGCACCAGUACAUGGUGCCCCCAAAGCACUGGGGCCAGUUCCUGCAAGCCAUCUACAACGGCGAGAACAGUGACUGCGAGCGGUGUCAGAGGCUGCUUCACGAGUUGCGAAAGAACGAGGCUGAGGAUGGUCACAGUGCUUUGGUGGCCGUCGGGCCCCAGCAGACGGACACUGAGCGGGCAUUCCAGCAGCGUCUCAGGGAACUGAAGAUCGAGGAGAACAUGGGUCAAGUGAGGAAAGGCCGGCGAGCGAAGGGUCAGAAGCGGGAGCUGCAUGAGGACUUGUUCGAGUGGCUACGCCAGCGCCGCCCGGAUCAGUAUGUCAACCUAGAGACAGCCAAGCUGCACCUUCGUUGCACCUCCUGCGGGGAGACCUUUGCCGCAGUCCGCGAUACAACGAUACUGUUCGUGCUGCAGCACGAAGCUCGGCAGAACCACGUGGACUCGCUGCUGCAGGUCCGCCAGCGGCCCUGUCUCGGUGUUGACCUCAACUGCAUCGACCACCAGACGCGAGCACAUCUCAUGGUCGAUGCGUUCAGACUGUGGACUACCUAUGACAAUCCCUGGUUCCACACGAGCUUCAAGUGUCAGGUGAAGCUGCAGGACGAUGGCAAGCUGUUGGUGCACUCACUGAAGUGCUUCGAGGCGGACGAGGUCCGGAUGUGCCCUCCAAGCCGUCCCUUCUGCAAAUCUUGCUUUGGACUUUGCAACACAGAGGACUUCUGCCGCAAAGUCUCGACGUGGGCCUUCCGGAUAGUUUUAUCCAAACUGGUCCAGGCAAAGUUCCUUGAAAAUGACGCCAUGUGGGAUGAGGCCAUUGGGAUCCUGUCGUCGUCCCAGUGGGAGACACCUGUGGACGUGGAGUGGCUGGAAAAUCAAAGCUACGAGACUUUGUACACCAAGCUACAGGAGCUGCUGGGCUCCAUUCCCAUCGUGUUGCAGAACCCGGCAUGCCGCAAGUUUGUGGCCACGCAUUUUACUUGGCUGCCACGUCGGAAACUUCUCAGCUACGUGGACAAGCUGGUCGAGGCAAAGGCCAUCUCGGCUGCUGAUCAAGACCUCUCUCAGCAGAUCUUGUCGGGUGCCCUUGAGGGCAACGAUGUAGCUCGGACGAUGGUGGCUGGGAUACUCAACAAAGCUCAGAAUCUCAAGGCCGGCAAGAAGCGAGUCAAUGCAUCCAGCUUGCCAGAUGUUGACGAGGGACGCAUCGCCGAGCUCGGUUCUGCCUUGAGCUCAUGCACCGGGCAAACCUCCUUGCUGAACCUGUUCGGCUACACUGCCCCAAAGGUUCCGGCUUCCUCAAUGUGGCGCCCUGACCUCCCGUACUUCUUCAAUCCGUCCACGGAGGAGCUGAAGCACAAUGCCGAGCGGAUCCUCGACAUCAUCGGCAGGGACGACCGCGAUUAUAUGGUCUGCUUCGACGACACGACCUUUUGGCCUCAGUGGUGCAUCCAAGCCUUUCCUGAUGCCUUGUAUUUCAUCGGAGGCACCGGGAGCAAUGCCAAGCUCCGAGUCAGCGAUCAUGCCCCCGGCACGCUGAGAAAGGAGGACCUGUCCCAACAGUGUGUCACCUUCCUCCUUAAGAAAGCCAGCACACGAAAGCUCCCCUUCGACAUGGCUAUGAUACCAAAGCGUCUGAGUGAGGUCACACUCGACUCUGUCUUUGAGCAAGUUGGAGCCGUGCUGAAAGCCGUGUGCAGUGCAGCACCGGCCCCGCCCUGCUGUGUGGCCUACGACAACCAUGCUUCGCAUGGUCUUUGCAACACCUUUUUCCUAGGCUUGAUGUCCAAGGAGCGGUGUCAGAACGUGGCCUUCUUCAGGGAAUGUGUGCCGCAUGCGAGGUCUUUGGACCUCCCGUGUUAUCGCUUCGCUACCAUGGCCUAUCAAGGCAAGCACUGUGUGUUCGGGCACAACGACGCAGCCCACACACAAAAGUGCUUGACGAGAGCCCUGCGAGUGAAGAACCGAGUCCUGGAGAUUGGCAAGCUGAAGGUGUGGCCACAGCUGAUGUUGACCCGAGGUUUGCCAGCUUCGGCGUGGCGGGGGACGGACAAUCAGUCCGACACGCAGUCGAGCUGGCUGCUGAAUCCCCAGUGCGUGGAUGUGAACCAGUGGGACUCGAUCGGCCUCGUCGCAUUCAUGUUUCUCAUCGGACACUGGUGCGGCAUUUGGCUCGCCUCGCACAGAUUCGCGCAGGCCGCUGACAUUUUUCAGUGCGCACUGUGCGGAUAUUAUCUGUUGCUGUUCGACCUCAUGGAGACACAAGGCUCGAAUGCCCGCUAUUUUCACUCGAUCACAGUGGGGAACCUCCUUGCUAUAUGUGGGCACAUGGUGGAGCGAAUGGCCAACUGGCCGGAUGGCUGCCCCUUCCGGCCAAGCGCCACCAUGGAAGAUGCCAACGAGCAUCACUUCGGCGAGGUGAAGAACAACAUUGCCCAUCGCUUGCCUACCAUUCGAGCUGCCCUGCACACCACCCAGCUGCUUCACGUGCGUCGCAAGAAGGCCAUGGCUAGCUUUGCAGUCGACAAGAAAAAGCUGCUUCCCUGGAAAGCAUUGACGGAUGCUGAAGCCAGCCAGGCCGGGAAACGAACCUUGGAGACCGUGUGCACGUACAAAGCCUUGACGAGCGUUGGCAAAAGUGCUGCUGACAUGCGGGCUGCCUUGCAAAACUGGUGGAACGUCAUUGGCAAGCAGAUGGUUGCAGAUCGGCUGCGGUCCUGUCACAGCCAAGAGGUGAGUUUUCGUAAGCGCUUCUUUUUUCUCAUACAAUAA